CACAAUGCUGGGGAUUAUGAUGGUGAUACUGUUAUGGAUUACAGCAGUGCUUUUUAUUCUUCCUGAUUCUGCACAAAUGAACAUCGUCAGUCAGCCGAACUCAGUCAUCACUGCUGCUUCUGGUGAAAACGUGACUCUACACUGCUUUCGAACGGAAAACAGACUGACCGAAUCCAUCAUUUGGUACAAACAAGCAGUAGGACACGAACCAUGUGUGAUAGUUACAGUUCAUAAACUUGCACAGAACACCAUUUUUGAAGACAAGUUCAACUCACCGAGGUUUACAGUCGAUAAUUCAGAAAGAAGCUGCCAUUUAAAAAUUACAAAUGUACAACCAUCAGAUGAAGCUAUGUAUUACUGUGGAUUAGAACAGAUUACGAUAUCAUUUGGAAAAGGAACUUUUUUAUCAGUAAAAGGAGAUGAUGCUGUAAAAGUGUCAGUGUUCCAGAGCAGUGUGUCAGACUCGGUUCCUGCAGGAGCAUCAGUGACUCUGCAGUGUUCGGUUCUCUCUGAGAGCAGAACAGCAGAACUCCAAGUGCUCUGGUUCAGAGCUGCUCCAUCACAAUCCCAUCCUCAAAUCAUUUACACUCAUCACAACAGCAGCCUUCAGUGUGAGAGCGAAUCUUCUACACACUCCUGUGUGUACAACUUGUCCAAGAACAUCUUCAGCCUCAAUGAUACUGGAACUUACUACUGCGCUGUGGUCCUGUGUGGGAAGAUCAUUUUUGGGAACGGGACACGAGUACAGCUGGUAGAAUCAGUUGAUCCUGUCAUGAUCUGCCUCACUGUAGCUUUGGGAGUGUGUGUGAUUGUGAUCUCUGUUCAAACUCUUUUGCUCUGUAAAAAGACAAAAUAUGGAAAAUACAAAAAGACAAAAAGCAGUGUGAAAAGACCUGAAAGAGCAAACAAUCAGGAUGGUGAAUCUGUGGAGCUGAAUUACGCUGCGUUACAUUUUAAUGAAAAGAAAAACAGAACAAGGAGAGAAAAGAGAAAAUAUCCUCAAGAGGCUUUGUACUCUGAAGUCAGAUCUUUCACCAUUACUUAGAUUAUACAUCUUCAAUAAUGUAUUUCUCCAUCAACUUCAUCGAUUCCUGCUCUGAUGUAUUUAAUGUAAAAACUUAAAGAAAAAAAAUAAUCCUGUUGUAUAUCGAGAUUUUCUUUUGCUGAUCAGACUGAACACACACUCAGAGAUAUAUUUGUAUUUUUCUGCAAACUGUAGUUUUUUUCAUACUUUUAACUACAAACCAUUUUAGAUCAGAUUACACUCUUUCCG